GGUGGUUCGGGACGCUAAUGGAGACGUUCCCAACGCCUCCCCCUGGCGCCGGCGUCCCCGAGCAGCUGCUGGCAGCAGCCGUCAAGACUGGGCUUUGCCAGUUCGGCACGAUCCCCCUGAUCUACCUGCCGUUCUUCUUCGCGAUCACCGGCCUUUUGCGGGGCCUGACCGCCGAGCAGUCUUGGAGCAGGGCGAGGGAGCUGUACCUGCCGCUGUACACCCGGAACAUCGGCUUCUGGAUCCCGGCCCAGAUGGUCCAGUUUCUGUUCGUGGACCCCGCGUACCAGGUCACGUACUGCUGCUUCGCGGGCCUGAUAUGGGGCGUGGUGCUCAGCCAGGUAGCGGGGCCGCUGAAGACGCCAGAGCAGGCUGCCGGCGAGGCGGGCGUGCCCGCGGAGGCGCAGCACCAUGGGGACGGCGGCCGCCGGGCGGCGCCGCUACAGCCCGGCGGUGAGCUGAGCAUACCCGUGGAGCGCCCCGGGCCUCGAGAGGAUACAGUCGAGGUGGAAAAGGUGCUCGUGAAGGUCGACGUGAUGAGUUAAGUCUCUGGUGCGCCCGAGGAGGCCGCAGCUUUGUUUCAACAGGUAGAGUCUUAGCUUGAAGAAUUCAUGAGGCAGUUGGCUUGCUCAGCUUUCUCUCUCUCUCUCUGUCUCUCUCUCUCUCUCUCUCUCUCUGCUGAUUAACAACUGCGUACGUGUGUAAGGUACAGUAGGCACGCCGAAUACGAAACCCGCUUGCCAGCUUGCCAGCACUCACGAAGAGAUUUCCUUCCGGCGACCC